AAGAACUUCCUCAAUGUAGAAUCAGUGUGCUGGUAAGCCAACAAACAUGUCUUAUGUGGACACUCUGCGGCAGUGGGACAAAGCUGUAACUUGUGCCGACAGACAGGAAUGGUCAGAAGCCCUCUGCAUUUUCUUAUCCAUUCAAGAACCAAAUUCCAAAAUUUACUUUGACAUUGGUUGCCUUCAUCUUCUGAACCAAGACUUGGAUGAUGCUGAAAAGGCGUUUGACUGCAGCAUUCGCAAGGAUGAGCAUUUGGCAGUUGCCUUCUUUCAGAGGGGAAUGACAUUUUACAAAAAGAAAAGGUAUGAGGAGAGUUCAGCUGAUUUCCAGAGAGCCUUUAAAGCUCUGAGGGGUAACCAGCUGAUCGAUUACAAAGCACUAGGUCUCAGAUACAUCCUAUAUGCCUGUGAGGUUCUCCACAAUCUUGCCCUGGCUGAAGCUAAGCUGGGUAGCUGGGAAAAGGCCCAGGAAAACCUGGUCAAGGCACUGGACUACAAGACAGAUGCCAAGCUCAGCCUCAUCGACAGGGCUCUGCAGUCAACCCUGAAACAAAAGCUUUUCAAACCGGUGGAAUUCCCUUUGAAAAUGCUGUUUAGACCAAACAAGCACUAUGUGGCUGAGCUGGAGAAAAAGGACUACCUGGGCAAAGCUAAGGUUGUUUCCUCUGUGGUUCCACAAGAUGAGUUCUCUGGGUUUGCCCCGCUACAACCGCAGGUCGAAGAUGGUCCAACUUCUCCAAAAGAACCAGAAGUUUUGAGAGCUCUACAAGGAGAACCACACACCGUGCUGUUUGAGUUUGACCCUGAGACCAGUGAUGAGUUGGCUGUUGUGCCAGGAAACAUUGUGUUUGUGCUGCAGAAGGGUGACGACAACUGGGCCUACGUGGUCUUCAAUGAAAGAAGAGGACUUGUUCCUUACAAUUACCUAGAGCGUUUGGAAAUUUCCUUGGCUUCAAAUCAACACAAGGGUUUAGCCAGACCUCUGAGUCAAGAACCACCAACCAGACCUGAGAGGAAAGGUCUCACUCCAGUGGAGAGCAGCAGUGGGAGAACUCCGCAGGUGGUCCAGCCAACAGACAGCUCAUAUACAGUCAAAAUCCAUUUCACAUUCAACUUUGCGGUUUCCGUACCGCGUGGGUCUCCGUAUGUGGUACUGAUAGGAAAAGUCAGCAAGAAGUUAAAUCUUCCUCCUACUGCUAUCUCUUUGAGCUGUGAUGCAAAUGGGAAAAGUGUAAUUGACGCCAACACAGACAUGAAGGAUGUGUGGAGACGUGCCAGUGGUGGACACAUCACCUUAUGGUGUACCACCACAGAGCCCCAGAAAGAGAUUCACUUCGUAGCUCUUCACUCCUACAAGUCCUCCAAUCCAGAAGAUCUGAACUUCCAAGAGGGUGAUAUGAUCAAACUGCUCUCCAGAGUCAAUCAGGACUGGUUUGAAGGGCAGUCUAAUGGGAACACUGGAAUAUUUCCUGCAGCCUUUGUUGAAGAACUUCCUGGGAACAAACUGUAACACCUGAAAAUGCAUCAAGUUUUUUUGUUCUUGCUGAGCAGAACAUCUCCUGCAGGAGUCAUAAUAUACACAACCACCAAUCAGAACCAUCUAUUUAAAUGUUACAUCUAUGAUUUAUUGAUGUUUUUUUAAAAAACAUUUGCAAACCGUUUUUCACAAAUGUUUAAUAAUCACGUAAAAAUUAAAUACAUCCAGUAGUUAGAAGGUGUAAACUUUAUACUUGGUUUAACUGUUAAUAAAUAAUCUAGGGAA